AUGGCUGAUACAAAGUUUAUAGCUGAAGGAGGAUCAUCACAUAGGCCUCCUUACUUUAAUGGUUCUGACUACUACUACUGGAAAGGUAAGAUGAGAUUGUUUCUACUAUCUCAAGAUAACAACAUGUGGUCUGUGGUUGAAAAUGGCAACUACACACCAAUGACUACUGCAACAGACACAGUUGCGUCAGUUCCAAAAAUUCAGUCACAAUGGACAAAAGAAGAAAACGACAAGGUACUACUAAACUCUAAAGCUCAAUUUAUAUUAUCAUGUGCUCUUAGCAGGGAAGAAUACGACCGGAUAGAAGAAUGCACAACUGCCAAAGAAAUCUGGGAUGCUCUCAAAAUACAUCAUGAAGGAACAAAUCAUGUUAAAGAAGAAAGAAUUGAUCUAGGAGUCAGGAAAUUUGAAACCUUUGAGAUGAAGGAAGAAGAAACCAUAGAUGAAAUGUUCUCUAGAUUCACUAUAAUUGUCAAUGAACUAAGAUCACUGGGAAAAGCUUAUUCUGCUCAUGAAAGAAUUAGAAAAAUUCUAAGAUGUCUCCCAAAGAUUUGGAGACCUAUGGUAACAGCUAUCUCACAAGCAAAAGAUCUAAAGAUUCUACAAGUUGAAGAACUUAUAGGAUCUCUUCGUGCUCAUGAAAGUAUCCUCAAUGAAGAUAAACCACAAAGAAAAGGUAAAAUGAUAGCUCUUAAAACCUCUCAUAAUUCUGCAUCUCAAAUCUCCACCUCACAAGGAAUAACUGAAGAAGAGACCGGAUUUCUAUCUGAGGAUGAAAAUGAUUUGGCUUUAAUCUCUAGAAGAAUUCAACAAAUGAUUUUAAAAAGAAAUCAAAACAGAAAGUCAUUUCAACCCAGGAAAGAUUACCAGAAACCUGAGAUUGAUAAAAGCAAGAUUACAUGUUAUGGAUGCAACAAACUUGGACACUUCAAAACAGAAUGCCCACUCAAAACUCAUAGGAAUUUUUCCUCUAAAAAGAAAUCUAUGCUUGCACAAUGGGAUGACUCAGAGAACUCUAACUCUGAAGCUGAAGAUGAGGAAGCUAACCUAUGCCUGAUGACUAACUCCGAUUCUGAAGAGGUAAGUACACUAAACUCCUGUUAUACUUGCAAAGAAAUAGGAAUUUUAUUUGACAACCUAUUAGAAGAUUCAAAUAUCUUAACUCAAAAAUGCUUAUUUCAAAAAGAACAAAUUCAUACUCUUAAAACUGAAAAAGAAGAUCUAAUAAAAUCCAACUUAAAACAUUUAGAAACCAUUAAGGAGUUACAAAAGGCAUAUUCUUAUUUGUCAUUACAUCAGAAAGUUAUUAAUGAAAAAAUCAAACCUCUUAACAAUCAAGAUAAAAUUGAAAGUCUUGAAAAUCAAGUAGAAACUCUCACCAAAGAUAUAACCUCCUUUGUAAAAUCUACUAAAACAUUUCAAAAAUAA